AUGAACCAGAGCUCGCCCAAUGCUCAGCCCGUACCGGGUCCUUCUAUCCCUGGCAACUCGUUUGCUCCGAGGGGACCUUUAGCUGGAGGUCGCCAGAUCACCCGAAACCGCGCAAGCUACAGCUGUCACACGUGUCGGCGUCGGAAGGUCAAAUGCGACAAGAUACAUCCGAUAUGUGGAAACUGCGUGAAAAACAACACCGAGUGUAUAUAUGAUGUGUCAUCCCAAAAAGAUGACGGUGGGCGCGAUGGGUCUUCCCAAAAUGCGCAUGGCAUCAAACGAAGGAGAGAGAUGCCCCGGACAUUAGAGCAGGAUGUCGACGAGCUCCAGUCACUUUACGGGCAGUUGAGGCGGGCAGAGUCGACAGGCGAAAAGCCCGACCCAAGCGCCAUUGAAUCGCGACUCGACAAGCUUAUGUCAAUGAUUGAGCGCCUGGGGGAGAGCGGUCAAACACUUGAGGACGUGGGAAUGCAGGUAACGGCCUUAGAUGCGAAAGUGGAACCCACACAGUUGGAUGACCCACGAGAGAGCAAGGACCCGAACGGAAAUAAACCACCGUCAAGACCUACCAGCCCACAUCGCAAUCCUGCAGAGUCAAGCAGUGAUGAAUUUCCGAUUCCAUCCGGUCAGGCCACCGAUCUAGUAGACCCGGUUGGCAGUCUGAACUUGGGCCAUCUGAGCCUGGAGGACGGUGGAAGGUCAAGAUAUGUUGGCACCACGUAUUGGGCUUAUAUCUCGGGCGAAAUCAAUGAGCUCAAUCAAUUGUUGAGAGACCAAAAUAGCUCACAUGAUCAGUCUACUUCUGACAAGAAUAAUGAACACCCAACAGAUUCGCAUGCCGAUGGCCGACAGUCCUGGAGAGAAUCAAUAGGUAGCUCGACACCUUCAACCGCACCCAGGUCUCGUUCCUUCCAGCAAUCUGUAAUCUUCCCUUCGGGUGACUCUCCCUCGAUCAAUGAAAAAAUGGUGGAGCCAGAAAUGCUCGAUCAUAUUCCAACGAGACGGCAAAGCCAUAUUCUUUACAAAGGGUUCAUUUCCGGUAUACACGCCAUCAGUCCUAUCAUUCACCCUCCAACUAUCCUCAAGCUCUACAAUUCCUUCUGGGAUUGGUAUGACUACAGCAGCUAUUCAGGAGAGCCAUGCCCCAGUCCGUCAUUUAUUCCAUUGUUGUACGCGAUAUGGUAUGGCGGCUCAGUGACGAUUUCGAUCCGAGCAAUCAAGGCGGAAUUCAAUGUGUCCUCGCGGUCGGCCCUUUCAACAAUUUAUACCGAGGAAGUGACCAGAUGGCUUACGAAGAUCAAAUUCCCACGCAGCCCUUCACUUCAAGGCCUCGCUGCUUAUCUUCUCGUGCAGACAAUUGUCACGAAAGAGGAAGAGCCUUUGACCACUAGUCUCUUUGUUAGCCUCGCUAUGAGGGUUGCGCAAACCAUGGGAUUGCAUCGCGAUCCAGCUAAGUUUGGAAUAGAGCCAUGUGAAGCUGAGUAUCGGCGCCGUUUAUGGUGGCACAUUAUGCACAUGGAUGGUGUCGUUGCGAUGUCGAGCGGUCUGCCUCCACUUGUCAACGAUGAAAAUUAUUGGGAUGUGUGCGAGACGAAUGAAAUAAAAGAUACGAUGCUAGGUACACCUGCUGCAGAGUCCUACAUGAAACAGGUUGCUUCACGGGAGCGGCUGCCUGAUAAUCCAGAUGAUCCGACUGUUUGCGGCGGACCAUCGAUGGUCAACGUCUACUACCUGACCGCAAGAGGGAAAUAUACCAUGGCUCGCGCUAUCCGCCGAAUAUUGAAAAUCCAGCUUGGAAUAAAGCCUCUCACCAGGCAGGACAUGGAGGAGCUCCGGUCCAUACUUCUUGACUUGCAGCUAAAACUAAAUUCCAUCAUCAACAGGAUUCCAGAAGGCAAAGAUGUUGAUAACCUAUCAACGCCAGGCCGAGCUUUUUCUAUGUCCAAAUCUCCCGAUGGCCGCUCUUCGGACACAGAGCUUCCAGGCGAAGGUCCCACCGGAUGCCCAGAACAGUAUCACUCGCCGGUUCUGGUUUGCUUCCAUAAGUGGGCGAGGAUCAUUCUUUCUUUGUAUAUUGACAAGGCCUUCUGUGUGGCCUACCAGCCUUUUCUAAAGAACGCUCGCAGCCGGAUUUGGCCAGCGGCACGCCAGAGCGCACUUCGUCAUUGCCAUGGUUUCAUGGAAAAAUUCAUCCAACUCGCAACGGAUUCUGAUUUCCAGCCUUUUCAUUGGAGCUGGCCUGGGAUCAUGCUUAUUGACCUAUAUGAGCGACCUUACAGCCCUGAAGCAUCCAGGUCCCGCGCGUUCAUCGACAGCAUACUCGCACUUUCUGGCCCGGAUGGAGGUGUCGUCGGUGGUGAAGACGGUGUCUCAACCCAACGGCCAUUAAAGGACGGUGGCCGUGAAGCCUGGGAUAUGAUCCGCCGCCUUCGCCAGAAGGCCUGGCAAAAAGCUGGCCUCAAUCCGCGAAUGCUCUGGACCGAACAAGACCAGAUCCAGGCUGGGGUCGCUUCGUCAGUUGACACUCCCGGUGAUUCUGACUCUCCUUGCUCAGAUCCCUCUCAGACCGGAUCGCAAGUUUCAGCAUCGCCAGACCACCCCUCAACACACAACCCCCAACCCAACGAUUUCGUCAAAACAUUUUACCACCUCACCCGCUCCCACACGUUCUCGAAUCCUACCACCCCGGAUACUACUAAAAGUCCCCGACAAGACCGAUACCAAUACCAACCACAGGAUAAACCCUUUCCCCCAGUUUCACAUUCCCAAUUCCAUCCUGCCCCCGCCGAUAACUCCAUACCUCCCCGCAUUGGCGCCUCCUCGCCCAAUACGGACUCCUUAUUUGGUGAACCUCCACCGACACAACCUUCUACAUCCACUCCCGCCCCACAUGCUCAGCAUUCAGAUCCUGAUAUUACUGCUGCCGGUGGCAUUUCCUUCGUGGACUCUACGUCUCCUAAUGUUUUACCCUUGGGAAUUCCUACACCCCCGUCAAUGGUUGACCCCAACCUCAACUUCGACUGGGACCAGUGGGAUGCUGUGUUCGGACAACAUCUUCCUGUCGCAGAUGAUCUGAUGGAAUUGGACCCCGUUUCGGGUCUUGAUUUUACCCAUGCUGGAACCGCCUCAACGUUUAAUGGCAUUAGCCCUAUCGACAUGUCUACUUCAUAUGCCAAUGGUCUUCCACCUCCACCCGCCUCCCCGGAAGGGAAUUUCCCGUCAUGGAAUGGGAACAGUGGACCUGAUUGGCCGGGAUAUUCUUAA